GUGAGGCCGGCUCUGGCAUCCUCCGGACCUCGGCUGGCCUGGAGCUGGGCCUGGCCGCCUGUGCACAGGGGAUGGCCGGGCAGCCCAGUGGUGCCCGGAGAAUUCAUUCCGUGCCCGGGGCAGCGUCAACGCUCCCCAGUUUAGUUCUCAUUACUUGCAACAGCUGGGUCCCUUCACGGGGAGCCUUCAGGGGCCUGCCGCCUCGCCCCAACUCCAGGCCGCGUCACCGAAAGGGGACCAGACCCGGCCGGGCAUGUGUGGGUCCCGGACCCGGUGCGGAAAGAUUUCACAAGGCGAGCGGGCUUUCGCGAACCCCGAGGAUGCCCUGAGGCACGGAGGCCCCCAGUAUUGCCGGGAUGACCAUGACGUGGAUCGCUGCCUCAGAGCCCACCGGAACGACAUGGAGACCAUCUACCCGUUCCUGUUCCUGGGCCUGGUCUACUCCUUCCUGCAGCCCAACCCCUUCGUGGCCCGGAUGCACUUCCUGCUCGUCUUCCUGGGCCGCAUGGCGCACACCGUGGCCUACCUGGGGAAGCUGCGCGCGCCCAUCCGCUCCCUGGCCUACACGCUGGCCCAGCUGCCCUGCGCCUCCAUGGCCCUGCAGAUCGUCUGGGAGGCGGCCCACCACCUGUGACCGGCCCGGGCUUGGGGAACCGGGCGUGCCUUCCAGGUUGGGGUGGGCCCCGGGACCUGGUUUCCUGGCCGCCUGCUGAGCGUGGGCGCCUGGCCCAGGGGCCUGUGUGUGUCCCUUGGACUCCUGGGUGAAGUGGCCACUUGGAACCGUUCGGAGAUGGCUGUCAAGAUCAUAGGCAGUUGCUCAGCCGGCCGGGCUCAGUGAUUGAGCAUCAACCUCUGAACCAGGAGGUCACGGUUCGAUUCCCGGUCAGGGCACAUGCCCGGGUUGCUGGUUCGAUCCCCGGUGGUGGGCGUGCAGGAGGCACAUCACUAAUGUUUCUUUUCUUUUUCAUCACUAAUGUUUCUCUCCCUCCCCCUCUCCCUUCCUCACUGCAAUCAAUAAAAAUAUAUUUUUUAAAAAAAGA